CAUUAAGUGCUGCGACAGAUUGCUGAUAUCCUUGGAGACAGACUGUUCCAGGUGCAACAACUUGACAAUGGGAAAGCGCUGUCAAGGUGAGCUGGCUUUCUCAAUACCUGUCAAGAAGAUACCUGUCAUCUAUAUAUACCCUGUAGAUCCGGAUUUGUGUAAACAGACGCACAGUCACAAAUUCGUAUCUAGGGGAGUAUGUAGUUGAUGUAUAGGCUACAUUCAACUUCAACGGGCAAAGAUGACGGCAUUUAACCUUUGGUUUGUUAUUGUAAUUAAUACCACGACUGAACGUUUGGUGCACGAACGAAAGAUAUUUUUGUAACUACUGCAUUUUUUCAGUUGUUGUGUAAAUAGGAAGAACGUAUACGAUGUCUUGCGUAUUUUGUGAGACCUUUAAUAUUUAAGGCAUUAAUUAGUGGCAAAAUUAACUUUGUAGAGAUCUGCAUUGUUUAGUGAUUGUUUGAUUAUCUUGGUUUAAACAUUAUCAGUGAGCAAGGAGAAAUAUUUGUUGCUGGUGAUAAUAGGGGAUUGAGCAUAUAAAUUACUAUUCAUUGUGAGUAGAUUUGGCGUACAGGAUAAACGCGCUGUUUGGAGAGAAAUGACUGCAGACUAUGUUUAAAUGCAGAAGGUCUCCUUUGUGAUUUAGGAGGCUUUGUAACCUGAAUUAGUUGAUGAAUUUUCUAUCGAUCUUAAACAAGCCUAGAUUCAUCUCUGACACGCUGCUCACGCCACGACCAUUCUCUCACCAUUAUUAGCGAGUGCAUUUAAGAGCCUGGCACACGCGAAUUUCUUGCAUCACUUUCCCUUGAUACCGCUUUUCAUGAACACUGGUCUAAAUUUUGCAGCAUUUUAGUUCGCUAAAUCUUAACAGAUCUUUAUAGAGGUGUAGUCAAUGUUCUCAAUGUCCAGAUAAACUGAGAGACUGGGGGCGUGACUUUCUGUGGAGCUGGUAGAAUCCAGCAUGCCUUCCCCUUUGUCCGGCGUGUUAUUGUUUUGAUUUUACCACUAUCUCAUCAAAGGCACGGUAAUGUAUGAAAAGUAUGUCAUUUUGCACUGUUCCGAAAUGCAAGUAGACGAGCGCGGUCUAAACUGACUAAUCCCAUUUCCUUAUCCGGGAAUCGCGAAGAUCCACGCCAUUGGCUGACGAUGUCACAUGGACCCUUAACUUUGUUCACUUGACAGAAAGUAGGAGGGUUCUACGAAACAGGAAAACGAGUAAAGGGAUACAUAUAAAUUUUAGUAUAUUUUGUGUGCAAUUCAAAGAAAUUAAUGGCCAUGAGUUCCUAUUUGAUCAACUCCAACUAUGUGGACCCUAAGUUUCCACCCUGCGAGGAAUAUUCCCAGAGCGACUACCUACCCAGUCACUCUCCGGACUACUACAGCGCCCAGAGGCAAGACCCCUCGUUCCAGCAUGAGUCGAUCUACCACCAGCGGUCGGGCUGCGCCGACCCACCCUACUCAUCGUGCCAGGGUCCGGGGCAGCCUGCCGCGGUUAUCUCUCCGCGAGGUCACGUUCUACCCACAACCGCACUCUCGACCCCUCUCCCUGAACCAAGCCAUCAUUGCGACUCGGUAACUCCAAGCCCUCCGCCAGCCUGCGGUCAGACUCCCACUAGCCAAAACACUUCAACGGUCACCUCAAGGAAAGAUCCCGUGGUAUACCCCUGGAUGAAAAAAGUCCAUGUAAACAUCGUGAGCCCGAACUAUUCAGGGGGUGAACCAAAGCGCUCGCGCACAGCGUACACGAGGCAGCAAGUCCUGGAAUUGGAGAAAGAGUUCCAUUACAACCGCUAUCUGACCCGCAGAAGGAGAGUGGAAAUUGCCCAUACACUAUGCCUAUCUGAACGACAAAUUAAGAUUUGGUUUCAGAACCGGCGCAUGAAGUGGAAGAAGGAUCAUAAGCUUCCGAACACCAAAAUACGAAGUAACUCUGCAAGCACUAAUUCAAGCGGCGGCCCGACAUUGUGCAGCAAUCAGAGCCGAUCAAGCGGACCUCCGCCAAGUCUAUAGCCCUCCACUGAUGCCCAAGCACGUACAAUUAGAAAAGACACAUUUUCUGGAGUGUAGAACGUGGAUUUUACCCGCGUUGUGUCUCCCUACUCUCCCCUGCACAUUAGAAACAGGGAUAAAGUACGAGCAAGAUGUGUGGGAAAGGACAAAGAAAUGUUCAUCUCUUUUAAACACUAAAAUGGGUGAAGGCUCGAACACAAAUGCCACUACAGAUGGGCUUGCCUUCCCAGUCUGGUUCCCAUUUUAUCCCGCACGCCUCUCCUACUCACUCGCCCCUUCCAUAAGCACAGAAGGCGGCAGAUAGUUUUCAGAUUUGGUGAAGAUGGAUCCGCGUUUCAUCUUUAAUCACGCCAAACUCGGCCCCAUUUGUCAUGUUUACUCUGUGGUACAAGGGAUGAACCGUAGGCCUGCCCAUUACCUCGACGUCUAGCGUUGUGCUUAAUAAAUGAGUCGCUCUGUUUUGCCAAGAAACCUUUUGUAACUCCUUUUAUUCCCCUGGCUUAAAAAUAACUAGCCGAGUGUUUUUCAACUGAUAUGAAGUUUUGUAUUUUGUAGCAAUUAGGUUAUUUUGCUAUUUGCAUUUGGAAUGCAAUGCCAAUGGGACUGAGGAUUGUUGUGCGUGUGGUCAAUUUGUCGCUCAUCAUAAAUACAGGGACUUGUUUCACUCGCCUGUUUAGCGCAUUUCAGUUUAAGAACAAAUAUCACUAAUUAGUUGUCAUUAAGAUUAAAUAUAAUUAAAAGGUUCAAUGAAGCUGGACGGCUAGAUAUGCAUAACCAAAACCGGUACAACGCAAAGCAUUUUAAUGAGAGCACUGCUAAGUACUAUUUGAAUUACCUCAAUUGUAUUUUCUGUUUUGUUUAAUGAAGUGACACGUUUUAAGUUCUUUUGACUAAAUGAAAAAUAUCUGUAAUAGCUAAUCUCUGCGUUUGUUUGCAAGAUGAAAUGAAUUUUAAGUUAAGAGUGACCAGGGUUGUAUAGAGAUAAAGUGCGUAUAUUGCAUGAACAAAUACAGAAUAUCUUUCCUUUAUUCUUUAUUAUGUCAUUACCACCCUCGUUUUAUUUUAUGAUACAUAGAGAUACGCACAUACCAUAUUUCUUUUCUUCUCUUAUUUUUAUUAAUUUUUAAUUUGAUAAUUUUUACAUUCCAAAGAUCCGUUCUCUCGCCCAUGAAUUGUAAAUUUUCCCUUACAUGUUUGUAUUUUGUCUCCUUUCUGCUUGUACCUUUCACUGUUUACCUUUGUUAUAUGUAAAUAGCUCUAGAAAUUUAAUAAAUGGCGGAAAAGUAUAAUCUUUCUACAUGU